GCAAUAUUACUGCCAUUUGUUGGCGUAAAUAGUGUUUUGCUGGUUUUUUGCAACCAUGGCUGUGGCUUUUGAACCCCAUACACCUUCCCACUGGGUAUGAGGGACACCCGGUGUCGACGUGCGUUCCUUCGGGCCGAAGGCUGGCAAACAGAACUCAUCGGCCACCUGCUGGGAGCUCCGGAACGUGCGCCGAUGCCCGAGAUGUCUCACAUGCAAGGCGAUCCCGGAGAACAUGGACGCAGCUUUGCAUCCUUCGACUAUCCCUGGCGCCCUGGCGAGAUGGACCUGUUGCGCAUGGCCAACCGGGCAGAUCCUUGGCUGCCGCAGCAUGCAGAGCGCCUUCAACGCUUGGACUGGGAAUGGAUGGAGGAAAAGAAUCCGUGGGCCGCGGUGGUCAGCAGGCGCCGGCGCAUUGGUCGACUUCGACGGAAGGACGUGUUUUUGAGUUCCGGGAGGGAUCUGACUAAAGUCAAGAACCUUUUUCUAUAAAACAAAGGUGAACCUUUCUCUAGGUCGGACAGUGUCUCAGUUCCCCGGUUCUUACGAGUUUCAAGUCCGAGAGUUACUUGAGAAGUUUGGGGAAGAGACUGCAGUCGUCCGAGGUUCUUUGUUCUAUUUUUCUCACCUUCCACCUUCGGGCCAAUCUUCUAAGACAUGCUACGUCGGACGUGCGACGUCUGGGGCAGUCCGACGUGCGACGUCUAGGCGUCCGAUCUUGCCCCGAAGCCUGACGUCUUGACGUCUUGACGCUGGAAGUCCAAAGGCGAUGAUUGUGGCCACCAAGAGCAAGGGACAUUCCUUUGGAGAUCAACGAAAGGAAAGGACCAUUCUUUGUGUCAACGAAAGUACCUAAGUACCUCCAUUAUGCGGUACCCGGUACCUCCAUUAUGGAAGGCUCGUAGGAGUGGUAUGGGAGUGGGAGUGGGAGUGGUA